AUGGCGGCCAAUGUUGCUGAAGGGAAGGAAGUUGAAAGCAGCCGUCACAUUGAUCAAUCUAACCACUCGGUAUCGGACUCUUUUAGUGGACAGUUAUCACCAGAAGAACAUCCAGAAGAUACACAGGAAACUACUGCUACUAAUGGAGACAGCAAUGACAAAGCUUCGGAUGAUAAUAACAAACAACCAUAUAUAAUAAAGAUUCUCAACGGCAAGAAAUUACUGGUGAAUAACACUAUAGUGCAAGUCAUUAAGUAUUUUGAUCACCCUGUAUUGUCCACUGUAGAAGACAAAGUUGGUGAAAGUUUCAACAUAAUUGAAGACAGUAAUAUGACUGAAGAACAUGAUGAUGUUGAAGAGUCAGAACUGCCACAACAUAUUUUAGAACAUGCCUCUGGGAUUUACAAUACUAUGAAAGAAAUUGAGAAACUCAUUGCUUAUGAAAAAGUGAUGGAUGAGGGUGAAGAAAAAACUCAGUCCUCCAACCUACCUACAUUGGAUGCCAUUAGUCAUGCCUCAUUGAUUGGUCAUUGUUUGGCUGCUUAUGUAUCAACCCUAAGUGAAAGUCAUAUCAAAACCAUCUCUUCCAAGAUUUUAUCUGACUGCCAGUUUAUGCUGACCCGCUUAUUCAAAUUUCCUGAUGCUUCUGCUUACUAUCACAAGGAAGAAUAUGAUGGCUUAGUGAAGGCUUGUAAAUUGGCUUUACAUCAGAAAUAUCCUAAAUACAGUACGGAGGGUUUUGAGGCCUUGUACUCACGUCCACCAGUGAUUUAUUUUAGUGCUGCUGCUCCUGCAAGCCUUGGACAAAGUUUGUGUAUGCAGCUUGGUCUGCCUAUAUCCUGUAUCAGUACAGUUCCUUGUAACUCUGUCUCUGGAGCUAACAGUAAAAUGGAUGUGACUAUUUUUGAAAAGCUGAUUAAAGAUGAUAUUGCUGCAGCCAAAACGCCAGUUCUUUUGGUUGCUUAUGCUGGUACCCCUCUUACAGGGCAGGUUGAUGAGUUGAUUAAACUCUGGCAAAUUUGUAAUAAUAAUGGUAUUUGGUGUCAUGUUGAUGGAAACUGUUUAGCAUUUCUCACAUUAACAGCAGAUCCAUUAACAGAACAACGUCCUAUACUUGCUGACAGUAUCACAGUGAAUUUGGGCAAAUGGUUGGGUAUUCUAUCUUUACAGUUAAUUACUCUUUACAAGUGUGAAGACACAACAAUGGCAUAUAUGGCUGGGAUGAAUUCAUUUAAUGUUGUAUCAAAGCUUUCCUGUUUACCUCUGUGGAUAUGCCUUCAAAGUAUGGGAUAUGAUGGAAUCAUUAAAAGAAUUGAGUCAUCCUUUCAUUUGUGUCAUUUAAUGUUGAAGAAGUUAAGAAAUUUACCAAACAUAAAGAUUGUUAAUAUUGAAAAGAAACAAGACGAUGAAGAGAAGGAAGAUGAUGAAAAUAAAGAUAUGCAACAUAUGAUGGAUAUUAACUCUAAUCCUGUCACCCUGCUCUUUAAGUAUUCAGUAAUAGAAUCAGAUGCAGAAAAGGAAAUAACUCCGUAUGUGAUCAAAAGUUCUGAAGAAUCAUGUGAACAGGAGAAAGAACUGGCCUAUUAUGAUGCUCUAAAUACAUGGCUGGCUGAUUUAUUAUCCAGAGAAAAUCCACAGCUUGCUAUUACAGCUGCUAUUGUUGACAAAGGAGUUUGUAUUCGGUUCUCUCCUAUAGAAACUGCACAAGUGUCUGGAACAACUGAGGAAGCUGUUGAAGACUUCAUUUUGUCCCUUCAAACACAGACUGCUAUUCUUGAUGCUACUGUGUCACAGAGAAAACAGUUUCAAAAUAUUGUUGCUAAUUGUGAAAAUUUGAUGUUGAUUGAAAUGGAAGGCUAUGCUGGUUUAGGUGCCAUAAGAUAUAUUCCAGCCAGUUGGUCAGAAAAACUCGCAGAGUUACCAGAAAAUGGAAAAAAUGAUAUCAAUACAUUAAAUAUUGAAUUGGUUCACAAACUGAAAUCUACCGAUAGUGCAUUCUCACUUGGACAGUGUGCAGAUAAUAUUGCAUGUGUGAAGUUUGGUCUUAUCACAGCAGACACAGAAAUCGACGAAUUAGUUUCUCUGGUAGAAACUGUAGGAAAACAGCUUGAAGAAUCUUCCAAGUUUCUCGAAACAAUGUCUGAAAGGAUCUUAAAAGGAAUAGAAGAAGCUAGCAAAGAUCUUCAACGAGAAAACCAUGAACGUAUUAUACAAGAAGGUCUCCUUCGACAAGUGCCUUUAGUGGGUUCCCUUCUGAAUUGGUGGUCCCCUCCACCAAAAGAAGUACUCAAGGGAAGGACCUUUGAUUUAAGUUCAGGGCGGAUAAUUUCUACAGAAACAACAUAUAAAUAUCAUAUGCAGAUCCAGGAAGACAGUGAUAAUGCUAAGAAUGCAUCAUCAUUGCCGUCACCUGAUGCGAAUGAGAUGGCUGUACAGUUACAUGUGACAACGCAGCAUGUCGAUAGCACCCAUGACACCACAUUGGAAGAUGGUGCUAGUGACAAACAUGAACAAUCUGUCAGUGAUGAUAAAGAUGAUGAUGCGGCAGCUAGUAAAGCUACAGAGGAAGAGUCAGGAAAUAGUGUACAAAAUAUUCCUUCACCUGGUGCUGAGACGACUUCAGAAGAAAAUCCCAUUGUAAAUACAGCAUCAGAACAAAUUACUACUACUGAAGGGGAGCUUGCUACAACAGAGUCUAGUGAACUAACACAGAAGUGAGCUGUGUGGAAGUCUACAUGCUACCUUGGGUAUAUCUAUCUAUAUUACACAUAACAGGGUAUUUUAGGGUAUAUCUAUAUUGCAGAAUAUAGUUGGCUUCUAUACUAAGCAGCUGGAAAAUUUACAAGUUAGGCAACUAAACUUAUAUAUAUAUAUAUAUAUAUAUAUAUAUAUAUAUAUAU